AUGAUUUCGAGAUUGUCUGCGAGCGCUUUGGCGCUGUCUCUGUGUGGGUACGCAUUGGCUCAGGACAACUGCACGACAACAUGUCAAUCUUUCGGUGUGGACUUUGUGGAUGGUGGAUCGUACUUUCAGAAUGUCGAUUCUACGCAGCCUUUCACGGCGGUGCAGGAGUUUGAGGGAUGUCAGGAUGACGAGUCGAACAAUAUACUUGUUGAUCCAUCAGGGGAGCAGUAUGAGUGCAGCAAGACUCCGCUUACGCCGGAUGAUACUCGACAGACGGUGACUUGCCCCAUCGAUAAAGAUCAACUCACUUCAGGCGAGUGGAGUCUUAUCAUAAUAUCGAACAAUGGCCAGUGCGAUCCGAUCGAUUAUAUUCGCCAAUUCUCGCUCUCUGUCGGUCCUCAGUCGACAACGACGGUGGUUCCUACUGUUACCCUGACUACGACAUCGACGCCAAUCUCCAGCACAAUCAUCACAUCGACUACUACGAUUGUGUCCUCGGCGUCGCCGUCAACCACGACUGCUGUGGGAGCUCCAUCCGCCACGGUGACUUACUAUCCGCUUCCAACGAUCACGAUCGUAACUCGCGGUGUAUUCACAAUCACCUCAACAUCCCAAGUAGCCAGCAUUGUCGCAACCAGCACGGUCACGACCAGCGGACCAUGCGCAUUCGCCGCUCUGGCCGAACCAACCCCCGAAGUCAAGAACCUAAUCCCAGACCCCAUCAACAACAAAAUCUCCGUCUCCAUCCUCGGCAACAACAUCGCUCGCGCAGCAGAACCCACCCUCAUCACCCGCCGAGGCGGCUCGACCUUCUCGAAACGCAAAGAAGAAAUCAUCCAAAUCCGCUCCCCGGCCCUCCAAAAACGAGCCCCAGACGAACCAACCACAACCAUAAUCGACAGCACCGCCGUCCCAUCAACCUCCACCUCAACAAUCUACGCUCCAACACAAACAGUCACGGGCACGACGACGCUGGUGAGCACGUCGACGACGACGCCGGUCGUGACGGUUUCUCAGGGCGGGGCGAAGGUCACGACGGUGACGGCGUCGAGGAAGACGAUUACGAAUACUUUCUUUAUUCCGGCUACGCAGGUUGUUGUUACGCGGACGAGUGCGUUGACUGCGACGGUUACUAGUAGUUUGGGGUGUUAG